AUGUCUGUGCUGUGGCUGCUUCUGGGUCUUCUUGCCCUUACUGAUUCAUCUGAAAGCAGCAAUUGGGGAUGCUAUGGAAACAUCCGAAACUUUGAGACCCCUGGGGCGUCUUGUGGGAUUGGAAAGCGUCAUGGCCUGAACUAUUGUGGAGUUCGUGCUUCUGAAAGGCUGGCUGAAAUAGACAUGCCGUACCUCCUGAGAUAUCAGCCCGUGAUUCGUACUGUCGGCCAAAAGUACUGUGUGGACCCUGCAGUGAUUGCUGGUGUCUUGUCCAGGGAGUCUCAUGGUGGCAACGUUAUGGCCAAUGUGGGCAACAUGGGUGAUGGCAUCGGGGUUGUGCAGGACCCUGGUCUUUAUGCUCCCACAUCCUGGAUCAGCGAGUCCCAGGUUUCUCAAAUAACCGAGGUCCUGACUGUUAGGAUCAAAGAAAUCCAGAGGAGGUUUCCAACCUGGACCUCUGACCAGUACCUGAGAGGCGGACUGUGUGCCUAUGCUGGAGCUCCCGGCUACAUCCGAAGCAGCCAGGACCUGAGUUGUGACUUCUGCAAUGAUGUCCUUGCACGAGCCAAAUACUUCAGGAGACAUGGCUUCUAA